AAUUAGCACGGCCGCACUAGGUAAAACCAUGCACUGCAGAAAGAACUUUAUGAGCGCAUCGAACGUCAGAUCAUUCUUUAACGCCAUCGGUGGCUGCGAGCUUGGGCCCCACACCAAACUUUGAAAUAUAACUGGAAUCUCAGCCGUCCAUCUCGGCCUCGCCUCUCUUUCUACUUCAAAUCGCCACCGCAGGUCGAGACUCGGGGGAGAGAGAGAGAGAGAGAGAGCGCGCGCUGCAAUGGAAGACCAUCGCUCGACGCGACAACUCACCGAAGCUUCGAGCCCGACCGCGUCGAAGCGGGGAAGGCUCGCCUUCGUCCUCGGAGAGUUGUUCGAACUACGGCCGGAGGAGCGCGAGGGCGAACCGCCUCUUCUUCUUCCAUGUAAGGACUCGUCGGAGAAGAUCAGUGUGCCGUCGGAGUCCGGAGAGAUCGUGUCCAGAGACUUCGCCUCGAGCUCGAGCUCCGGUCCGUUGGAGACGCCUCGUUCCUCGGCGAGGAGUGACGAAGAGUCCUCCGACAUUGUGAAGGAGAAGUUCGACGUCGUCGUCGCCGAUCAGCAGGUGCAAUCGCAGGCGAAGAGUUUCGAAACCGAAGCAUCAACAUGCAACAGUUAUUUCAGCAGAGAAACCACUCCGUCGAGCCACGUCGCCGCCAAGUCGGUGAGCGAACGGAGGCCUCCCGCGGCGGACAUGCCGUCGCGAGCGGAGCUGGAAUCGUUCUUCUCGGCGGCAGAGACGCGCGAGCAGCAGCGGUUCACGGAGAAGUACAACUACGACGUCGUCAUGGACGUCCCCCUCGAAGGCCGCUACGGGUGGAUCCCGAAGCCGUGAUGCCAAGAUGACGCAAGGUCAGUGGGCUGAGAGGCUUUCCAUCCAUCAUGAAUGCGUAUGCGGUUCUCAAAUCUCUUCUCUUCGGUAUUGACAGGCAACUGCGCACGUGCCUCGCGGCUGGGGGACCAUUCCUUAUGCAUGAUCGACUUCCCAACCUUAAA